AUGGAAAUUAGUUUACUGAUUAUGGAAUUAUAUCCUAUUCCUCCACCUGACAGAACACAAGAAGAUAUACCUCUUCUUCAAACUGUACGAUCCGCAAAAAGAACAACCGGCACCGCAGUAGGAAUUGAGGGAAGUGGAAAGCCUAUGAAAUUCUUAGAAAGCUUAAUGAGAUGGCUGGAUUCUCUCCAGAUGAAGAGAUUUAACUUUUUGAGUGCCUUUUUUGUCUACAUAUUUCAGCUUGACGAUGGAGACAUUAUUUGUUUCCAGAAACCCCUUCCAGCCGAUACUAUGACACGAUGCCGUUAUCCAGACGUUCAUUCUUUUCUAGAUUAUGUUCUGAAUCGUUGGGUAAUAACUUUUGAUAAUGUCACGGAAAGAGUUGCUCGGCAUCUUGGUUUGGAUGACCCAACCAAAAUCAAACUUACUCCUCACCACUGUUGCUCGCAGCAACCCAUAGCUCCAGCCAUUAAGUACCAUGGUUUUGACCACUUGUCUGAGAUGUUGAUUCACCACAAUCAGAAAUCUGAUAUUUUGUAUUUCGAAGUCUUGGACAUCCCUCCACCACUGUUAGAAGGUUUAAAAACUCUGAAUGUUUCUUUUCAUCAUGCAAAAAAAGAUACUGUCAUUCACCGAAUUAGUCUUCCAAGCAAAAGUACAUUUUCAUUCUUACAGAUUCUAGAGGAGGAGAAGAACUUGGGUACUCGGGAUUGCUUGGUUUAUGUUUAUCACUUCACAGAAGAUGCAUCUGAGACCCAAAAGUGUUCGGUAGUAAAGACUUUAGUAUGUCACUAACAAAACCUGCCAUAUCUUGAUAUAUGAAAACUUAGUUGCAAAGUCUAACCAUAUUCUAGAUCUUAACUGAGCUGCUAAUAACAGACUCAACUUGUGACCUUUCCAAGAAAAA